AUGCGUCUUCCGCUCCCCACCACAUCUGCGUGUCUCCCCUCGUCCCCGCACGCCGCGCCUCUGAACGAUCUCCAGCCCCUCUCUCUCCCUCUUCGCCCCCUCUCUCUCCCUCUUCGCCCCCUCUCUCUCCCUCUUCCCCUCAUCCCCUCGUGCCCCCUACCCCGCCAACCGCCCGCCAUGGCGGCAGCUGCGCGGGUGGCUGCGCGCCUCCCCGCCGCUCAUCAUCCGCUGGCAGCGCGGGGACAGCCGCGCGGGCCUCUCGGCGCCUGUGUGGCCCCCCGACGGCCCCCACGUGCCGCUCAGCCACACCUUCCGGGUACGCUGCGGUGGGAGAGACAAUGGGGGCCGCGGGGCGAGUGGCACCGGGCAGUCACACCUGCGUCCCCCACGCAGCAACAAACCCCUCUCCACCCCACGCCCACGCUGCAUGCACCUCCCAUCUCCCCCACCUCCCACCAGCUUCUCCUUGCAUUCGCAUCCUCUCCUUCUCCCUCCCCCACUCCCUUCCCCUUUUCCCAACGUCUUCCCCUCCUCUCUAACACCAACCUCUUCCCAUCCUUCUUCUCCGCCCUCUCAACCACCCCUUACCCCCCUCAUUUCCCUCCAUUCUUCCCGUUCCCCACUCUUUCCCCCUUUUCGCCCCUCUUUCCCUGCUUUUCCCUCUUUCCUCCCCUUUCCCCUUUUUCCCCCACUUUCCCUCCCUUUUCCCCCUUUCCCCCUCCCAUCCCAGUGACGCUGUACAGGGAGAGGGGAGCCCCCACGGCGCCCUACCUGCGCAAGGCAGCCACCUUCACGCUCCACCACGCGCUGCCCGCCGCCGCCGCCCACCCGAGCCACCCACCCGAUGCACCAUCCGAGCCUGCCUUCCAGGCUCGGCCCGAGCCUCUGGGCCGGGCGCAGCUGGACCUGGCUGAGCUGGCGGACUGCGACGGGGCGGUGGAGCGCCGCCUCAAGGUGGCGCCCGGGCCCGCCAUGCUGGCUGACGUGGCGGCUGCUGAGAGGCCGGCGGGGGCGGUGCUGGUGGUGAGCGUGGAGUGCGUUGGGAAGAAGCUCAGCCGCGAGGCCGCCGCUGAGGAGGCCCACAUGGGUGAGAGUGGGGGCGAGGCAGUGUUGGUGAGGGAGAGGGGUGAGUGCAGAGUGCGGGCAGGCAGAGUGCGGGCAGGCAGAGUGCGGGCAGGUGUGGCUCGUGUGCUGCCAGAGCUGCUGCUUGGUGCUGCAUGCGUUGUGAGUCAGCGCCAUGCGUGGGGUGGGAGGCAUGUGUGGGUCAGCCUUGGGUGCAAAGGCUGCCAGCAUGGGCAAGCCACCAUGGGCAAGCCACCAUGGGCAAGCCACCAUGGGCAAGCCACCAUGGGCAAGCCACCAUGGGCAAGCCACCAUGGGCAAGCCACCAUGGGCAAGCCACCAUGGGCAAGCCACCAUGGGCAAGCCACCAUGGGCAAGCCACCAUGGGCAAGCCACCAUGGGCAAGCCACCAUGGGCAAGCCACCAUGGGCAAGCCACCAUGGGCAAGCCACCAUGGGCAAGCCACCAUGGGCAAGCCACCAUGGGCAAGCCACCAUGGGCAAGCCACCAUGGGCAAGCCACCAUCCGUGCCGCUCCACUCCAUGCCCCCCCUCCAUCUGCUGCUCACUCCCCUUUCGCUGCUCUUGUGCCCCCCAUACGUCCAUGCUGCCCCACCCCCCUCCCCCUCUUUCCCCCCCCAGCCUGGCGGCCCCCAGGGGUCAUCGCCGCAACGCCUCCUCACCGCUGCUGCCCUCCACCGCACUGCACUGCCCCGCUGCCCCCUCACAUCUUGCCUCCUCCCCUCCGGCAUCAGGGUGCGCGUCGCCCGCCGUGGCAGCAGCAGGCAGCGCGGGGUCGUCGCUGGGCGACGGUGACUUCCCUGCCCUGCCGCUGCCCCCCGCGGCAGGGGGCGCGCAUGCACAGGGCCACACGCACGAGGGGCCGCAUGGGCCAUGGCAGCACGAGCAGGCUGUAGCAGAGAGAGAGGCGCGUGGGGAAGAUGCGGGGAGGGUGGAGGCAGUAGCAGAAGAAGGCAGAGGGGAAGGAGUGCAGAGCGGUGGUGAGGUGGGCAAGCGCAAGCAGCAGAGGAAGAGCCGCAGAGGAGGCAGGGCAGGCUCAUGCGAUGGGGUGGGGGGCGGGAGGGAGACGGGGGGAGACGUGAGUGAGGAGGUGCGGAUAAAGGACGCUGUAGAGCGUGACGUGGCAGUGGGCGAUUCUGGACCUGUCUCUGCCACGUCAGCCCCCCCUUCCACAUUUGCAGUGUCUGCCAAGUCAGCAUCGUCUUCAUCCACCUCAUCACGACCUCCCUCCCACCCUCCAUCAGCCUCUGCUUCCCCUGUGCCCUCGCGCUCCUCCUCUGUCUCGUCAGCGACCUCUGCAUCCACGUCAGCUUCGGCAUCCACGUCAGCUUCGGCAUCCACGUCAGCAUCUGCUUCGUCAGCAUCCACAUCGGCAUGCAUGACGUCAUCAUCAUCACAUUCGCCGCUGGAGUCACCAGCAGCAUCCGCGCCCCCCUCCGCCUCCUCCAUGUCUGCCACACGCGCCUUCCGCCUCGCUGCUGCCACCCAUGCCCCCUCCCCUCGGCCUCAGGUACUGCCCCUCCCCUCGGCCUCAGGUACUGCCCCUCCCCUCGGCCUCAGGUACUGCCCCUCCCCUCGGCCUCACACUCUCCCCUCGGUACAUCCCCUCGCUGCUUCCCCUGCCUUCCUUCCCCCUCUACUUCCUCUCCCCUCCUCGUCAUCUCUGCUGCUCUGUCCAGCCGCGGGGGCCAAGCCACGCAGGAAGGCAUCGCGCCGCGCGCAGUCGUACGGCAGCACUGAGCUUGCAGCCUUCCAUGCCGCCCCCGCUGCACCACCAGCACCACCACCAGCACCAGCACCAGCACACGCUGCAGCAGCAGCAGCACAAACGUCACGAGCAGCAGCAGCACAAACGUCACCAGCAGCAGCAGCACAAACGUCACGAGCAGGUGCCCGGGAAGAUCCUGCUGAUGCUGCCGCUGACGCCACUAGUGCAAUCACUGGUGAACCAGCCGAACCCAGCAGCAACACCCAGCGUGCCUCAUCGGUGGCAGCUCUGGUCAGUGGCCAUCGCACUUCCACUCUCCACUCCCUCCAUCGCCCAUCCCUGCUACUAACUCUCCAUGCCCCCAUUCCCUGCCCACCUUCCUUUGCUCCCUCCCCCCCCUUCCCAUCUGAUAGGGCGCAGCGCAAGGCAGCGGGCAGGCGGCACUCGUAUGGCGGCCAGGAGCUCACCGCCAUGCAAGCCGCACUCACACUCCCGCCCGCCACCCCCGAUGCCACUGACGCUGGCAGCACCAGUGACAGCAGCACUGCCGGCAGCGGCAGGGGCAGCAGGGCGAGCAGGCGGCGGGGGGGGACGGGCAGCAGCAGCAUGGACGUGCCUGGCCGCCCCGCCACGGCGCUCACCCGCUUCAGCCGCCAUGCCAAACCCCCCCUCGCCACGCCCCCCUCCUCCCUCCCCCCCACUGCCUCUGCCACCCCCCUUGCCACGACCCCCCUUGCGUCACCGUCCGCCACCAGUGCGUUCUCAGCCCCUAACCUCCCAGCUCAGGCUGACGCGCCCCCGUCCCACGCCACCCCUGCUGCUGCUGCUGCCGAGGGGGUGGCUGCUGGUGAGUCUGGGAAGACAAGGCGUGGGAGUGGGAAGGAAAGAGCGGGUGGGAGUGGGAAGGAGAGGGCGCGGGGCAUGAAGCAGAUCGAGGCAGAGCUGCAGCAGAGGAGAGAGGCGACCGCAGCCCAGGCAGCAGGCGGCACGGCAGCGACAGCAGAAGCAGAGAGCGGGGCUGACGGGGCUGACGGGGCGGGGGAGGAUGAUCCGUGGGGGCAGCAGGUGGGGCAGGUGGCGGUGGUGCGCGGGCAGGUGAGGGCCACAUCGCUGGCAGAGCUGUACCGCGCGGCGGGGAGAGGCGGCGACCUGGACGGUGCAAGAAACGUGGCGCCGGCUCACGCCCUCCCCCAGGCGCUGGCACUCGCGUCCACGCCCCCCAGUGUGUGCCACCCCGUGACCACCCAGCCCCACCCGUGCUUGCAGGCGAACCCCCCCAUGGCACCCCACCACGUGCAAAGCCCAGGCGCCGGCCCACCCCCAAACAACUCGCCCCCCUCAGCCGUCUCCCCCGCCACCGUCCCCCCCAUCGCUUCCCUGCCUUACCACAACGCCACUGCCCCUUUACCCUCCACCUCUGCUCCUCCUCCUGCCUCCACCUGUGCUCCUCCUCCUCUGGCCUCCGCCUCCGCGGCUCCCCCUUCCCACCACCCCCCGCCUUCUGCCUCCUCCCCCCCCGCCUCGCACCCACCCUCCCACCGCGACCUGCUGGUGAGUGGCAGAGGGAGGGGGGACGGCAGAGGAGAAGGUCAUCGUGACAUUAGGGGGUCGGGUUGA